AAUCUUCUCCGAUUAUACGGAAGCCGGGGACGCAAGCGAAUUCGUCGCAAUAGCCACCAAUCUGGCGAAGCGGUUUCGCCGCGCCGAGCUCGGUGAACCGGAUUCUCCCGACCCCGAUGCGCCUUUGGAAGAGCAGGAGGCUCAUUCCACGGGAUCCCCUGAAAGCACAAAAGCAAAUGAUGGGGCGAACGAGGCAGGCCCGUCUUCUUCGCGGAAGCGUAAAAGGUGGGAUGAUGAUUCGGGGUCCGAAGAUGAUGAUUCGGGGGGCCCCGGGGAAUCUCCAGAUCCAGUGGAAAUCGUUUACGAAGGGGAUGCACAAGGGUACAACUGGGAGGGGAAUUAGGUUGGCCGCCAACUUCGCCUGCCUUUCUAUCUGAGUUCUUCCCUCUUGAUGCUUUCGAACGACUCCUAAAUUUCACAAAAUCCUUUUUUUCUUAUUUGAAAUCCAAAUCGAAAUGCCUCAACUUGAUAAAUUAACUUAUUUCUCACAAUUCUUCUGGUUAUGUCUUCUCCUCUUUACUUUUUAUAUUCUCUUAUUUAAUAAUAAUAAUGGAAUACUUGGAAUUAGUAGAAUUCUCAAACUACGGAACCAACUGCUUUCGCACCGGGGGGGCGAGAUCCGGAGCAAGGACCCUAAGAAUCUGGAAGAUAUCUCGAGAAAAGGUUUUAGCACCGGUCUCUCAUAUAUGUACUCCAGUUUAUCCGAAGUAUCCCAAUGGUGUAAGACCGUCGACUAUUUGGGAAAAAGGAGGAAAAUCACUCUGAUCUCUGAUUUCGGAGAAAUAAGUGGCUCACGAGGAAUGGAGAGACAGAUUCUCUAUUUGAUCUCGAAGUCCUCAUAUAACACUUCUUCCAGUCGGAUCACUUGUUGGAAAAACAUAAUGCUCACACAUGUUCCACACGGGCAAGGAAGCAUAAUAUCAUGAAAGCCGUCUGAUAAUCUUUCUAUAGGUUCCCCGAAGAGAAUGGAAAAAUCACAAAAACACUUUCUAUAUGUUCUGUUAUUUCGAGAUUCGAAGAAGCAAGCAAGUUUUUCAUAUAGCUGUUUCCUGUGUAGUGAUCUCUGUUCGUGGAGAUCAUGAGGCCCCUGAUACCCUGUGGUACGGGGGGGGGUAGAAGAGUGGGCAUGUGGGCUUCUAUCAAAA